AUGCCCUAUCAGUACCCAGCACUGACCCCGGAGCAGAAAAAGGAGCUGUCUGACGUCGCUCACCGAAUUGUGGCUCCGGGCAAGGGCAUCUUGGCUGCAGAUGAGUCCACUGGAAGCAUCGCCAAGCGGCUGGAGUCCAUCGGCGCCGAGAACACGGAGGAGAACCGUCGCUUCUACCGCCAGCUGCUGCUGACCGCCGACGACCGUGUGAACCCCUGCAUUGGGGGCGUGAUCCUCUUCCACGAGACACUGUACCAGAAGGCGGAUGAUGGACGUUCCUUCCCUCAAGUUAUCAAGUCCAAGGGUGGUGUUGUGGGCAUUAAAGUAGACAAGGGCGUGGUGCCCCUGGCAGGAACCAAUGGCGAGACCACCACCCAGGGGCUGGAUGACCUGUCUGAACGCUGUGCCCAGUACAAGAAGGAUGGAGCCGACUUUGCCAAGUGGCGCUGUGUGCUGAAGAUUGGGGAACACACCCCUUCAGCCCUUGCCAUCAUGGAAAAUGCCAAUGUUCUGGCCCGUUACGCCACCAUCUGCCAGCAGAAUGGCAUUGUACCCAUUGUGGAGCCCGAAAUCCUCCCUGAUGGGAACCAUGACUUGAAGCGCUGUCAGUAUGUAACCGAGAAGGUACUGGCUGCUGUCUACAAGGCUCUGAGCGACCACCAUAUCUACCUGGAAGGCACCUUGCUGAAGCCCAACAUGGUCACCCCAGGCCAUGCUUGCACCCAGAAAUUUUCCAAUGAGGAGAUUGCCAUGGCAACUGUCACAGCACUUCGUCGCACAGUGCCCCCUGCUGUCCCUGGGGUCACUUUCCUGUCUGGAGGGCAGAGUGAGGAAGAGGCGUCCAUCAACCUCAAUGCUAUCAACAAGUGUCCCCUGCUGAAGCCAUGGGCCUUGACUUUCUCCUAUGGCCGAGCCCUGCAGGCCUCUGCUCUGAAGGCCUGGGGUGGGAAGAAGGAGAACAUGAAGGCUGCCCAGGAGGAAUUCAUUAAGCGUGCCCUGGCCAACAGCCUCGCUUGCCAAGGAAAGUACACUCCAAGUGGUCAGUCAGGGGAGGCGGCCAGCGCAUCCCUCUUCAUCUCUAACCACGCCUACUGA